GUCUGACUCAAUAAAAAUGUCUCGCCUUGCGCUGGCAAGGCUUGCGUUAUCGCUCGCCGCAACAAAAAGAAUAAAACCUUGCUGUCAUCAACAAAGUCCCCACAGCAGCUUCUUGUUCCCACUCCCAACACACCAUUUGCCUGCCACCGUCCGCUCUUUCAGCAUGACCAUCCCUGCCAAGACUCUGUACGAACUCUCGGUGAACGACCGCAAAGGCCAGCCGUACGACCUUGCUGCCUUGCAAGGCAAAGUCGUUCUUAUUGUCAAUGUUGCAUCCAAAUGCGGUUUCACUCCUCAAUACAAGGGCUUGGAGGAAUUGUACCAAAAGUACAAGGACCAGGGUCUCGUUAUCCUUGGGUUCCCAUGCAACCAGUUUGGAAGCCAGGCACCUGGAUCAGCUGAAGAAGAAGGCUCCUUUUGCCAGCUCAACUAUGGUGUCACCUUCCCCAUCAUGGAAAAGGUGGAAGUCAAUGGUGACCACGUCCACCCUGUCUACGCAUGGUUGAAAGAACAAAAAUCGGGUCUCCUUGGUUUACGACGCAUAAAGUGGAACUUUGAAAAGUUUAUCAUUGAUAAGGAGGGCAAGGUCGUUAACCGCUACGCUAGCACGACUUCUCCUGCAAGUCUCGAGAGUGAGAUUCAAAAAUUGCUGUAAGGAGAUAUCAGUUUGUUAACUCUUGCAAGAAUUCGUGAUGCAAGGAGGAAAGGCAUUUGUGUAGGAAUUGGCACUGUACUAUAUGCAAUCGUGUAUCUUAGUUUUCAUCUCGUUAGGUAGUUGACGGGCGUCCAGAGUGUUGUACACUAUUAUGUGAUUUUAUUCUCGUACAUGGGCAGAAUUGAAGAUGAAUCCUUUUCUGGUUUUAUGAGCAUGGAAGCAGGUGGUUGUGCGCUACUACGUCGUCUCCGGAGGAAUAGGAUUGGGUUUCCUGCCAUGAUUUGCCCGGUACCUGCACACCAUAUCAUCAGUGCAAUUGAAUCAUACAUUGGCAUGAGUACGGAAAUUGUAAAUGUACCAUGUGUUAGUCCGCU